AUGGCAAGAUCUGGUGCUGAGCAGCCCGCGCUGCGGGUCUUACAUCACGUCACCGCGCCGUACCGGGGCCGCGGGCAAUUCGUUGGCAUCGUCGUCAGCGUUGGCCGCGGCACUGUAGACGUGCACUUCCGAGACGGCGACUUCGCGGCCGGCGUGGACGCGGCGGCGGUGUCGCUGUACACGGGGCGGCGCCCGCGCGCCAGCGCCGGCUUGCCCCUCGCCGAGCGCAUGCGUGUGGCUCUUCUGAAUCAGCCGUCGACGCCUCUCGUUGUCGUGGCGUACGACGACGCCUACGCCGUCGUCAGCGGCCCCGACGGCAACCGCGCGUACCAGCGGGACAUGCUACGCGCGUUCGACGACCACGAUUCGUCCGAAGACCAGGCGCCGGCCACGCCGAUGGACGAUGAUGACGAUGAUGACGAAGACGCGCCCGCGCCGCAACUCGCGCUCGGCGAGACGGUCAUGGUGGGACGCGUCGGGCACGUGGCGACGGUCGAGCAGGUGCCGCGCGCCAGCGAUGAAAAAGUGCUGCUGCGCUGGGAGAGCACGGGCCACUGCGAGGAGGUCGCUCUCUCGGAAGUGGAGAAGCUCUCCGCGGGCCGCUCGUCGCGCCGGUCGGCUCCGCGGGCGCCGGUCGCGACGCCGCGGCCCUCGCCGCCGGCCGCGCCGCGAAGGCAGGCGCCGCCGGUGCCGCGCGUCACGCCCUCGCCGACACCUGAAGCGGCAGAUAGUUCGGACGACGACGCUUCGUCCGUUCUGGCGCUUCGGCAGUACCAGCCGUUAGCCGAUGAUACCGGGACUGGUCAAGCCGAUGCGCCGUUCGAGGGUUGUUUCUCGGACGACGAGGAUCCGGCGCCCAAGCGGGCGCGCAAGGACGAGACGGCGGACGACGAAGCCAUCGCUGUCGCGCUCGCGGGUGUGUCUUCGGACGACGAGGGCGCCGCGCCGCCUUCGCAAUUGGAGAUCCCGAGGAACCUGCGAGACCACCUCAAAGGCGGCCCGAACGACCAAGCUCCGGCGCUCAUGCCGCGGGACGACAGCGACGACGACCGCGACGGCGAGGCGCCGGCGGCACCGGUGCGGUCGCGCCAGAUUGUCGUCGGCGACGACGUGUGGGCGCGGUUCGGAGGCAGGGACGACUUCUACGCCGCGACGAUCACCGCGGUCCGCCCCGACAACACGUACGACCUCAUCUACCGGGACGGCGACGAGGAGUCGCGCGUCGCCGCGCCGCUCGUCCUGGCCGUCGGACUCACGUUCAAGGUGCGGUUCCGCUCGUCUGGAGAGCACCGAGGCACGGUGACGGCCAUCGACCGCGUCAACGGCGUGACUCUGGCGUGGCGGCCCGUUGUGCCGAAGCCCGGCGAAGGCGUUGUCGUCGAGCACGAGACGCGCUCCUUCGACGAGGUCCGCACGGAGGUCAUCGAGCGCGCGACGCCCAAGCCGCGCGGCCCGGUGGCGGCGCCGCCCCCGCCGGAGAAGAGAACGAAGGGCACGCGCGCCGCCCGGCGGCUCAUCUUCGACCCGCGCGCGCCGCCGAAGCCUGCGAACCCGCGCACGCGGGAGCCGGUCUUCAAGGAGAUCUUUGCCGGGACGAAGAGACUCUCGACCGAGCUGCAGACGACCUACGGCUACGCGUGUGAGACGGUCGACGACAUGACGUGGCCCGGCGCGGCGCGGCCGAGCCGGCGCUGCUGCGUGCUGGACUACUCGAUCGAGAACGUGGGCUGGGUCGACGGGGCGCAUUUUGCGUUCCCGUGUAGGACGUUUAGCGCCCUGGCGAUCGAACAUCACCGGCCGUUGGUCGUCCGGGGCCGCCGCGUGCUCGAGGGUUCUUCGAUCUCGCCCGAGGCGCAGAAGGCAAACGCCGUCGUGCGCCACUGCAUCGAGCUCAUGCGCGAGGCGCGACGCGUCAACCCAGAGUGCGUGCUCAUGGCGGAGAAUCCCGCGACGGGCUACCUGCAGCACUUCCAGCCCUGGAAGGACGCGGUCCGCGAGUUCGGGCUCGUGCGCCGCGACGUCACUUACUGCAAGUUCGGCGAGCCGAUCCGGAAGCUGACGUCGUUCUGGAGCGACAUCCCGGCGCUCCACCAGGAGGCGGCGGACGACCGCCUCUGCUGCUCCGCGGAGAAGCCCUGCCAGCACUUCGGGGCGCACGAGUCCGUACAGGGCGACGUCGCCAGCGCCGCGAGCGCGUACCCCCAACGAGUCGCCAACUGGCUCGCGCGGCUCGCGAACGGCGAGAUGGAGUCGCGCGGCGCGCGGCGGCGCUAAGCUCGCGGUCUGAGUAAGAAGCUAUUGUGUGAUAUCUCUUGCUGGUCUGGUAUUGUUAGGCGCUAG